AUGGCGGCACCGAAAAUAUUCGUCAUUGGUAACAUCAAUGGCCAACUGCAGUCUGCCUUCGCCAAGCUUGCCACCCUCCACUCCAAAAACAAUUUCUCCUUCGCCCUAGUCGCAGGAAACCUGUUCGGUCCCGAAGAUGACGACUCAGUCACCGAUUUGCUGUCCGGAAAGACACAAGUGCCCCUCCCGACGUACUUCACCGUCGGAACCCACGCACUGCCUGGUCGAAUCGUCGAGAAGAUCACCAACGACGAGGAGAUUUGCCCGAAUUUACAUUACCUGAACAAGCGCGGGGUCACUAAGACGUCAGAGGGUGUACGCAUAGCGACAUUGGGCGGCGUUCUGGAUCCAGAGAUUGUGGGCGGACAGUCCAAGGAGCAACACCUUCCCUUCCACACACCAGACGACGCCAAAGCUUUGCGCGGCGCCAACUCGGCAGACAUUUUGCUCACAGCUAUGUGGCCAUCCACGAUUUGGAAUGGAUCAAAAGUCGCAUUACCCUUCGACACAUCCAGUGUUGUUACAAGCGAUGCAAUUGCAGAUCUUUGUGCAGCCCUCAAGCCUCGCUACCACUUUGCUCCUUCCCACUCGACAUUCUUCUAUGAACGAGAGCCCUUCUUCCACCCGCCCAAAGAUGCAUCCUCGGAGGUCGACACCGAAGUCACGCGAUUCAUUUCUAUGGCGCCGUUCGGCAACACCGAAAAGGCUAAAGCGAUGUAUGCAUUCUCGCUGACGCCUUCGACCGGAACUCUCCCACAGGGCAGCACGGUCUCUCCCUUUCUAUCUCGAGCCGACCUUUCCAAGAAGCGCCCCGCCCCAUCGGACGACGGCUUUUCUCGCUUCUCCAACGGCCAGGACGACAACUACCGACCAAAUCGCUACCGCAAAGGUGGCCGGGGCCAGCGAAUGCCACCGCCCGGUCCCGAGAAUUGUUGGCUUUGCCUGGCCAGCGAAAACGUGGCGAGCCACAUGAUCUGCUCCGUGGGAGAGGACACUUACCUUGCUACUGCCAGGGGUCCCCUCCCAACGCCAGACAUGUUCGUCAAGGACGGCCUCAAGCACCCUUCCCACGUGCUCAUCGCCCCGCAGGAGCACGUAUCCUCGAUCAGUCGCGCUGCGAUGGGCCAGGACACCGCUGACCGUACAUUCAAAGAGAUGUCACGGUUCCGAGAGGCCCUUCAGGCGACCGUAUCUAAGAAGUCUAACCACAAGCUUGGCGCCAUUACGUGGGAGAUAAACAAGAUUGGGGGUAUCCACGCCCACUGGCAGUUCAUGCCCAUACCUGGAGAUCUGGUCAAGAAGGGCUUGGUGGAAGCCGCAUUCCGCGUAGAAGCGGAAAACCUGAGCCUGCCCGGCCUCGCAGUCAAGGACUUUGGCAUCAGCGACGAGGUGCCAGGUGACUACCUCCGCAUCUGGAUCUGGUGCGAAGACGAGGGCGAGGGCGGUCAAGACGGCGGGGAGAUCAUCAGCAAGAGCCUGCUGAUGCGGUUCGACGAGAACGUGCGCUUCGACUUGCAGUACCCCCGCAAGGUAGCGGCAAAGCUGAUGGGCCUGGAGGGCCGGAUGAACUGGCGGGAUUGGGUGCAGACAGAGCAGGAGGAGACGGACGACGCGGCCAAGUUCCGAGCGAUCUUCAAGCCGUGGGACUUUACGCUGAUGGACUAG